AUUCGCAAUCAGCGUAAAGCAACUCAUCGCAUUCCACCACUAUUAAACCGAUACAAACAUCUCCAUCCAUCCCAACCCUUCAAUAAACAUGGCCUCCUCAUUCAGAUCAGAGCGUCUAAUGUACUGCGGCCUAGAAGACACUCCCCGCGACAAAGCCUUCAUCCACUCGAUCCUUUCCGACCGCACCAGCUCCGAGAACGCAACAAACUACCUCGUCAAGCCCGCGUCCUCAGCGGAUGUAGACAGCUUCAUGCGCGGCUUCCGCGAGGCCUUUCUCGGAGUCCUAGUCUGCAUCCCCAACCCCUCCGCCCCGCAAACCCCGAGUAUCAUCGGAUAUGUAAAUCUCCAACACACUACGCAUCCGCAUCACAGGAGUUGUACGAUGAGUAUUCGGAUCGUCCCAGCGGCGCAGGGGAGGGGUUAUGGGUCUGAGGCUAUUAAGUGGGUAUUAGAGUGGGGAUUCCUGGUUGCGGGGUUGCAUAGGGUGAGCAUUGGGUGUUUCUCUUUCAAUGAGGGGGCGAGGAGAUUGUAUGAGCGGUUGGGGUUCGUGGUGGAGGGGAGGACGAGAGAGGUGGCGUGGAAGAAUGGGGGAUGGCAUGAUUGUAUUGAGAUGGGUAUGUUGGAGGGGGAGUGGAGGGAAAAGUAUUUCAAGGUAGAGGGAUGAAAUUAUACGCCACGAUAACCACAAGGCUGGUCAAUUUCUCAUAUGGUAGUGGGACUUGGGGCUCGGAUAAGAGACCCUUCUAUAUAUAAGGCAUAGUAUAAGCUUGAUGGUGGAGUUAUGGCAAUAGGACCCUGUUGCGCUGUGAAGGGAAAUGUGAUGGGGUGUCCUAUGUAAUGUAAAUCUUGGCCAGCCA